UUUACUUUGGAUUAGAAUCGUUUGUUUACCUGUGAAAGUGAAAUUAUUGCACAUGAAUUUCAAUUGAGGAAUAUAAAAUCAGAAUAAAGAUUUAAAAACAAAAUAGUAUCCAUACACCAACAUGAUAAUAAAUGAUAUAUAUAUCAACUAGGUUUUCACUUUUGUAAAACCUACCACCAGUUCUUUUAAAGAAAAACAAUAAAAUCAGAAUAUGUUACAAUUUUCAAAGGAGGAAACAAACAAAUCUAGCAUUAUCUAAAGACAUGCUCUGAACAACAAAAUGGACCUACAAGAGCUAGAUAUUUAGCAAACGAAAAAGAAAUGUACAAUAAUGCAAAUCAACAAUAACGAAAAUGUUAUUUAGCAUAACAUAAUAAACAUGCAUUUUACCGCCUCAACCAAUUAUUUUGAAUUAUUAUUCAUAUCUCAGCCGUAAAAUAAAAAAAAUUGGUAAAAGAAUAUAAAAGACAUAUUUUAUGAAAAUAAAUAAUACUCGAAUAAUGUUUUUUGUUUUUACAUGUUUAUUGCCCUAUUUUGUCAGAGACAUAAUAAUGGCUCAUGAUGGUGAGUAAAUUGAUGCGCCUGAUGCCCAUUGAUUCAGUGACAAAAUGACUUUUAACUUAAAAAGUUCAUAGAGUCCUAUAGAGUCGGAGGAAGUGGUAAUAUUUGGCUUUGCUCUCUCAGUUUUCUCUUUCUACCUAUUUAUUAUUUUUAUAUGAUAAUUGUCUCCCCAAUCAAACAACACUCAUCAGAGUCACACAUGUGUCACUUUUUUUAAUUUUGCAUAAAACUCUAAAUAAAAAAAUGUUUUUUAACUCGGGAAGUUUCCCAGUAUAAAUAGAGGUAUCAAGAGUCCAAAGAUGAACACCUUUAAAAUCACCAAAGAAACCAAAAGCUCUAAAACAAAACAGCCUUUUCUCUUUGCUUGUAAACCACUGUCCCCAUAAGAACAGAAGUUCUAAGAAAAAUUGAAAAAAAAAAUCUUCCAUCAAUCUUCAAGAUAUGUCUCUACCUGAAACUAAAACACAAACCCUUCUCGAUGCUUGGGACUUCCAAGGCCGCCCAGCCGAUCGUUCUAAGACCGGUGGAUGGGCCAGCGCCGCCAUGAUUCUCUGUAUUGAGGCGGUGGAGCGGUUGACGACGUUAGGUAUCGGCGUUAACCUAGUGACGUAUUUGACGGGAACUAUGCAUUUAGGCAAUGCAACGGCGGCUAACACCGUCACAAACUUCCUCGGAACUUCGUUCAUGCUCUGUCUCCUCGGUGGCUUCAUAGCGGACACUUUUCUUGGAAGGUACCUAACCAUUGCUAUAUUCGCCGCUAUCCAAGCCACAGGUGUUUCGAUCUUAACCCUCUCAACUAUCAUACCGGGACUGAGACCACCAAGAUGCGAUCCAACGACCUCGUCUCAUUGCGUACAAGCGAGUGGAAUACAACUUACGGUCCUAUACUUAGCCUUAUACCUUACGGCCCUAGGAACUGGAGGAGUGAAGGCAAGCGUCUCCGGUUUUGGGUCAGACCAAUUCGAUGACACUGAACCGAAAGAACGGUCACAAAUGACAUAUUUCUUCAACCGUUUCUUCUUUUGUAUCAACGUCGGUUCUCUUAUGGCCGUGACGGUCCUUGUCUACAUACAAGAUGAUGUUGGACGUAAAUGGGGCUAUGGCAUUUGCGCGUUGGCAAUCGUGCUUUCACUAAGCAUUUUCUUGGCCGGCACUAAUCGCUACCGGUUCAAGAAGUUGAUUGGUAGCCCGAUGACGCAAGUUGCGACGGUUCUUGUGGCGGCGUGGAGGAAUAGGCGGCUCGAGUUGCCAUCGGACCCGUCGUUUCUAUAUGACUUGGACGAUGUUAUUGCGGCUGAAGGUUCGAUGAAGAGUAAACAAAAGUUGCCGCAUACCAAUCAGUUCCGGUCAUUGGACAAAGCAGCGAUAAAGGACCAAGAAAUGGCAAUGACCCAAAACGUAUACAACAAAUGGACACUAUCAACAGUAACUGAUAUUGAGGAAGUGAAACAAAUUGUACGGAUGUUACCAAUUUGGGCAACAUGCAUCCUCUUUUGGACUGUCCAUGCUCAACUAACGACAUUAUCGGUCGCGCAGUCCGAGACCAUGGACCGUCACAUUGGGAGCUUUGAGAUCCCUCCAGCCGCAAUGGCCGUAUUCUAUAUCGGUGGCCUCCUCCUAACCACCGCCGUCUACGACCGUCUCGCGAUUCCCUUAUGCAAAAAGCUAUUCAACUACCCCCACGGUCUGAGACCUCUUCAACGCAUUGGUUUGGGUCUCUUACUUGCAGCCAUGGGUAUGGCCGUAGCUGCUUUGGUCGAGAUCAAACGUCUUAGAACAGCACAUGCCCACGGUCCAACAGUCAAAACCCUUCCUCUAGGGUUUUCUCUACUCAUCCCACAAUACCUUAUUGUGGGUAUCGGCGAGGCGUUGAUCUACACAGGACAGCUAGAUUUUUUCUUGAGAGAGUGUCCUAAAGGUAUGAAAACAAUGAGCACGGGUUUAUUGUUGAGCACAUUGGCUUUAGGGUUUUUCUUCAGCUCGGUUCUCGUAACCAUCGUUGAGAAAGUCACUGAUAAAGCUCAUCCGUGGAUAGCUGAUGAUCUCAACAAGGGCCGUCUAUACAAUUUCUAUUGGCUUGUGGCAGUAAUUGUUGCUUUGAACUUCCUCGUUUUCCUUGUUUUCUCCAAGUGGUACGUCUACAAGGAGAAGAGACUAGCUGACCUUGGGAUUGAGUUGGAAGACGAGCUAGACAUUCCCAUGGGUCAUUGAUGAGAUGAUGAAUAUUGUGUCUAUGUUGAUAUGUUUGAAUUUGAUUUUGAAUUUGGUGGUAUAUUUUAUGAUGUUUUUUUUUGUGAAACAUUUUAUGAUGUUUUUCUCAGUUACCUUUUGUUUCUGAUUCCACAAAUAAUGGAUCGAUCUAUAUGGGAAAAAGUCAAAAUUUUCCUAUUUGGUUAUGUAUAAAAGCAGAAAUUGUAAAAUUUCUAAGAUUUAACGCAAUUAACGUCUUUUUUGUUUGAA